AUGUAACUCGCUCUGCAGGUUAGCCCGGUGAAUCACUCCUCCAGCAGCUAUAAGUAGGACAACUCUCCUCAUGCGUUUAUUUUCCUUCCGCACUUUGUGAGCGAGGACAUCGUUGACAGACACCAUGAGUAAGCCCAGCACCCUAAAAAUAAAGGGCUUGUUUAAAUUAAAGUCACCCGAUAAAGAAAGUAAAGAGCGGAAACGCUCGAGCACCCUCAAAGAUGGAGAAGCUACCAGCCCAAGAGACUGGACAGAGACUUCACCCGCGAGCCCCGGUCCCCUCAGCCCGGGACACAGCGCCACAAUGCCGGAGGAGGUUUCACCCAUUUCCCCAAAAGUGAAGAAGGAUAAGCGGCUGUUGCCUUUCAGGCUGAAACGGAAGAAAUCUAAACACAAAGAAGGAGAAGGAGGAGGAGGAGGAGGAGGAGGAGGAGAGGUGUUCUUCCCUGAUGAACUGGACAGCUUCCACAGCCACCUGAGCUAUGACCAGAUCAGUGUUUCCACAGAGUGCAGUUUCCGGACUGAAUCGGACUGGGACCCUCAAUCUGAGUCCACCUCCAUGAUCAGCUUUGACAUGACUCAGCCGUACAGCCCUACUUCACACUCCAAAUUCUUCAAGAGUUCGGAGGAGAACAGGGGAGUGUUAAAUCGUAUCAGCAGUUUCUUGAGGUCAAAGAGAAAGAAGAGCAGCAGCAGCAAGCAUCAUUCAGACACAGCCUCCCCAUCAUCCCCCUUGUCUCCACAUGCACCCCUGUCUCCACAGGAGGAUGGGCUAAAGACUCCCUCUCGCAAAGACAGCGAGCUAAUGGGGCCUCAUUAUGGAGAGUCCAAAACGGGCGCCGAGCUUGAUGACCUCCGCAGCCAAAGCUCCAGUCCCAGCGCCUCGAGUGUGAUUUCCGUGCUGACGGACGGAGAACUGCCGUUCGCGGACAGCAAUAGCAGCGGCCAGGGCAGCGUGAGGGAGGUGCAUGUGUGCAGGGUCAGCACAGCCAGCAGUGAAAGGAAUUCUGGGAAUGUGACUCCCACCCCACAGGACCUUGCUACUACCACUCAUCCAAGUGCUGAUUUGAGCUCUGAGCAAGGCUUUGCAGAUUCAGUGGUGGAGGAAGUAAGCAAGAGGCUGCAGGUCCGUUUGGAUGAAGAUAUUCAGAAGAAUGCAGAGGGCCCCAGCGAGGACAUUUCAGCCAAUCAGACCACGCUGUCGACGGUUAACACCCCGAUUUCUAAGCCAGCUGAGACCCCAAAGUCUCCUAAUUUGACCUCUAUAAGCUUAGCAACAAAGAAAGCAUCAGUGAAAGUUGGAGAGAAGGGGCACAGCACCGCCCUGAGGGGAAUAACUUUAGGAUCUCAGUCAUCAACUUCACACCUCAUCACGACUCAACAGGAAGACUCUCCGGACACAGAGAGGGAAAACAAGAGGAGGGGGCAGGUAUUUUCUUGGAGCUCUGUCGCUGAGGCAUUGAGCCCUUUACCUGAAUCUCCUGUCCAACUCCACAAAGCCAUAUGGGUGGAAACACACCUGGGAGCGGAGGAGGAAGUGGAGAGGGAGGGGGAGAAAGAUAUCAUGAAACAAGGGGAGGAAGGCUUCAGAGCAGACUCGCCUCCCGUGCUGGCGAUACCUGUCACAGUAAUUCCAGAGGACGACUCAUUCCCUCAGUGCGCUGAGGACAAAAGAGCUCCUACUCCCGCAGAGGCUGUGCCGUCCAGUCUCAGCUUGCCAGAAUCACCCAUCUCCUUGGCACCGACUACAGGGGAGUUCCAAACUACCUCACCACAGCCAGAGGAGCCCGACACCAGCGCAGGCUCAAAGCAAAGUUCACUCAAGGAGAAACGCAGGUCGAGAGAAGUCCGUGUGACGCGCAAGACUGUGAAUCUGCCCUCUAAGCACAAGGUUUUUGCCCAUAAGGUGUACGUUAGCCCGGAGCCAAGUUUGGAUGAGAGCAAAGCAGCGGAAGAGGAGCUCAGCAGGGUUUCAUCUACAAAGACUUCAGACACAGCAGAAGUGAAACCACUGCCAAGCCUCCAAAACAACAAUGUGGAACUCAAGGAAGCCAACCUUGAGCCAUUGCCAACAACAGAUGAGACGACACACUCUGACACAAAUACUCCUGAACCUGUAGUUCAAGAAAAAACAGACUCUGAGGCCUCUGACUUUGAUGAUACCUUGGCAACCUCGGAUAUGCACAGAGCAAAGUCACAAGCUGUGGGGUCCGGGGUAAGAAGCCAAGGGACGAGCCAGACUACACCCUCGAAACGAGUGGUUAAAGCAGGAGCAGAAAGUCGGCAUACCACAGCAAGUGGAGCAAAAACUCCAUCCUCAGCAGCUGGCAGCAAGGCCAAAACUGUGACAACAAAGGCUAAGGCCCCCGCAGAGAGCACAAAGGUGGGAACAUCCAGUGAUAUGCCACCACAGAGGGAACAGGGCAGUGAUAAAACUGUGUCUGUGUUACCAACAUCAAAAGACCAAAAUACUAGUGGUCCCUCAAGUCCAACAAGUUCAAAGUCUAAAAUCCCCAAAAGGUCGACAUCAGAGGCUGAUGUCAAAUCACCAGUGACAGCAGAUAAAACAUCAGUGACUGAUUCCUUCAAGAAACAACCCAGAACCAAAGAGCCUUUGAAAUCUCCGGUCACUUCAACCACAGUUGGCAAGAAACAAAGUUUUGAAGAAGGCAAGGAAGGCAAAGCUCUGUCAGGAGACAUUACUCCCACAAAAACAACACCCAGGACGGGAACAAAGCUUAUUAAAGAAAAGCCAGAUGAGGACUCUAUAAACCUGGUAAAUGGUGUGGAGAAAGACCAAGAGGACAGUGAUAUUAAAACAGGACUCCCAACUGACAGAGAGAAUGUCAAAAAACAGGGGCAAAGCUGUCGGGAGAAUAAAACCUCUGUGGCAUCAAAGAGUCGCCUGCCCAUUUCUUCUCCAACAAGAAAGAAGAGUGAGGAGAUUCCCCCAACAAGUAGCACCAACUAUAAAAAAGUGACAUCUAGUCCGACAGAUUCUGACAGAACCAAGAAACAGAGUCCAGAGCAGCAAGAAGUAUCUCCUGGUGAGAGACCUGGUAGUGAGACACCACCCACGCUCCCUGGAAGUCCCAAGAAAGCAGGAAGCAUGCUGUCAACCAGACCAUCCAAACCACUCUCUAAAAGAAGCAUUAGCCAUGAAGAGAGAGAAGAAGAAACACCCACCUUGAGUGUCUCGCCACCUCCCACCAAGCAAGAGAAAACUGUCUCCUUGAGGCUCUCCAAACAGAGCGACAUUAAGCGCCAGAAAAGUCCAGUAAAGGAUUCAGUUGAUCCUUUAAUGCCCGUGAGCAAGCUCCCUACAAGGGGUCCAAGGAGCCCCAGCAAAGUAAAACCCAGAAAACUUUCACCUACAAAGAAUUCUCCAAGCACAUCUGCAUCAAAAGAGGAAGACUCAGUUCAGAGUGCUAACACAGAGACAGCUGUCAAAGCAUCCGAGAGUGUCAUAGCAGGUCAAGUGAAAGACAAUGCCAGCGGUUACAGAUUUAAAUUUAAGUCUGUGUCUUCAGAGGAACAAGAGGACAUGAUAAAGCCCUCAGACAAUCAGUCCAGUUCCAGUGAAAACAAGCUGGAAGGAAAGGAGACAAAAGAAUUAGAAGAAAGCAUAACCAGUCCUACAGCUGAGGAUAUUUCAAAAAUCCAACCAUUGCAAAACAACAACACUAUUAUUACAGAAAAGACUCUAAUAAAAGUUACACCAGUUACAGGCCCAGGGGCUGAGGUAUUGCCAAGCAGUGAGGUUGCCAAGAAAAGGGCAACUGAGUCAGCAGCUGUUGAUGUAAAUAAAGCUGAGACUGAUUGCAAGGCAGGACAGCAUGAGACCAAACAACAAACAAAAGUUGAGUCUCCUCCUAAGGAAUCUAACAUUGAAAGUGACAACGCUACACGUGAACGGGAAAAACCACUUUCACCAAAGAUUAGUACAGAGGAGUUAAAAGAGAAAGACAUUUCAGAGGCAGUCCAGCAAAUAAGUAACAUAAAACCGGAUUUAAUCCAGGAGAAACGCCCUCCAGAGCCAGAUUCUGCAGUGUUGGCUAAGGACACAAUACUAGCUCAUGAGAAUGUAACUGAUAUGUCAGCCAAACCUGUUGUGGGUGACAGCACUCACUCUGACAUAGUGACCCACUCUGAUCAGCCAACUAGUGUUUCCCUUAAAGGAACAAAUAAGGUCACUUCUAAGGAACAUAAUAGCAGAAAUAGUCUUUCUGCUAAAUUGGCCCCAAAAGACCACAAUGCUGAGCCAAAAGAUGUACUUUUAGCAACUUCCAUUGUUGAUGAUAAAAACCUGGCCAGUUCUGAGCAGAAAAAUGCAUUAUUGAGGGACAAAACCACAAAUGUAAUUCUUAAAAAUGAUAGAUUGCCCACAUUAAGCAGAGAUUCAGUAAAAGAUUUUGAGGUAGUGGAGAAAAGUAAAGAGGAGACUGGCAGCAAACCAGCAGAGGCUUUGGACAUUCAAACAGAGGCUGUGACUGUUUGUGAAUUGCCCAAGAAUGUUGAAAAUCAGCCGGACAAAGAGCCUCAUUUAUUGGCAGGAGAAUCUGAAAGAAAGGAGAAAGACUCAGAACCAAAUGAAAAGCUAAAUGACACAGCGGUGGAAAGCUCUGACUCACAGAACAGUUGCAGAAAGGAGCUGAACGAUAUCGCUAUCCAGGAUGAAACAGAGGAAGACAUUACAAAAACACAGAAGCCAGCAGAUCUAUCAUCAGAAGAGAAGCGUUUACAGCCUGACUCAGAGGAGGUGCCACAGGUGGUAGUUGUGGAUGCCCUGGAAGAGAAGACAGAGGCAGAGCAAGCAAGAGGUGGACUCCCUGAAAUUACAGCCAUUGUGGUUGAUACAAAGCAGAAAUGUAAGAUCAUCUUAAAAGAAAAUGCAGAGAAUGGUGAUAAGGAGAUGAAGACGUCAACUGUGAAAAAUGAACAAGAACCCAAAGUACUUCUUACCAAAGACGAAAAGGUCAGGAACAAGGAAGCAAAUCAGGGGAACAAACACGGUGACGUAAAGAAGAGUCCAACUCCAGAACUAGAGGCUGUGAGUACUAAAACUACAACUACAAAGGACAAGGUUGAAACAAAAGAUUUAUCAGUGAAGAAUUCACCAAAUGAGAUUUCAAAUAAAAAUGCUGACUCUGGAAAUAAGAGCCACAAGGACCAGAAGGCCUUAAUUGCAGGAGACCAAGAUGAGGACAUUAAAAAAACAGAUGCUCAUACAUCAAAAGAAUCCAAAUAUCCUAUUGCUAACCUAGAAAAGGAACCUGAGACAGAAAAAGCUCCAGAGAAAACAACAGUAAACCAUGUUUUACAAAUUGAUACAACUCAGGAGUUAAAAGUAGUAAGGUGUGAAAUUGAGCGUGCUGAAUGUCCUGAAGUGAAGAGUGAAACAAAGGAUUCACCAAUAAUGAGUUUGGUGAAUGAGACUGCAACUACGAAUGCAAACAGUUACGUUAGCAUCAAACAAGAUCAGAUGUCUGUAAUUGUUAAAGAUCAACAUAAGGACAUAACAAGAUCAGAUCCAAGUGAAUCAACAGAAUCAAAACAUCCAGAUACUGACCAAAAACAGGAAGUGCAAAAAACAGAAGCUCCAGGAAAGAUAUCGGAAAGCCAAACUCAAGAACCAAAGAUUCUAGGCACCAAAACGCAGAGUACUGAAGAUAUCAAGGAAAAGACUAAAACAAAGGAACCAUCGGUUAAGACUUCAGCGAAUGAGACAGGACUAAAAACAGAAGUUAAAAAGAAACACUCAGAAAGCCAAAUUCAAAAACCAAAGGUUUUAAGCACUAAAACUGAGAUUGCAGAGGGAGCUAAACAGAAGAUUGAAAUGAGGGAUUCAUCCAUUAGGAGUUUGGCAAAUGAGCCAGUAAUGAAAGCUGACGCACCAAAGGAGCAAUCAGAAAGCCAGAUUCAAGAUCCAAAGGUUUUAAGCACUGAAACUGAGUGUGCUGUAGAUAUCAAGGAAAAGACUGAAAUGAAGGAACCAUCAGUUAAGACUUUAGCGAAUGAGACAGCGAUUAGAACAGAAGCUACAAAUAAGAUAUCGGAAAGCCAAAUUCAAAAGCCAAAGGAUGUAGGCACCAAAACUCAGAGUGCUGAAGGUACCAAAGAAAAGACAAAAACAAAGGAUACACCACUUAAGAGUUUGGUGAAUGAGACAGCAGUGAAAACAGAAGCUCCAAAGAAGAUAUCGGAAAGCCAAAUUCAAGAUCCAAUGGUUGUAGGCACCAAAACUCAGAGUACUGAAGAUAUCAAGGAAAAGACAGAAACAAGGGAUUCAUCAGUUAAGACUUUGAUGAAUGAGACACCAAUUAGAACAGAAGCUCCAGAGAAGAUAUCAGAAAGCCAAAUUCAAGAUCAAAAUGUAAGCAUCAAAACACGGAGUGCUGAUGAUGCUAAAGAGGGGACUAAAACAAAGGACUCACCAAAAAAGAGUUUGGUGAUUGAGCUUGUAAUUGAAAAUGCUAACUCUGAGGUUGGCACCCAAAAGGGCCAGAAGCCCUCAACUGUUGAAGAUGAACAUGUGAAGGUAAAGAAACCAGGGGAAAACACUGAUCAGUCCAAAGAUUUCAAAGUCCCAAGUGCUGAUCCAAGUGUUCUCACAACUCAAAAAGCAGUCAGUAAGACUGAUAAGAAACAAAAGAAAAGAAAAGAAAUUAAAGAUGAUGUUGAACCGAUGAAGCUGGAGGAUCGGCAGAUGAAGGCGUCAAAGAUAGAUGCCAAACAAGAGUCAGAACACAUUGUGAAAGAUGCAUCCAGCCAAAAAGGUGGAGAACAAAAGGACAAGCCCUCGGUUGUUCCCGAAGUGCUUAAUAGUGCUGAUGCUCAGAAGAAAAUUGAAGACACCAAAGUAAAAAUCAAAACAGACAGCGGAUUCAAACAGGAACUGCAUUCUUCAACAGAAGAAGAGAAAAUCAUAAUAAACCUCGGUGAUCUACGAAAGCCUACAAAGCCAACACUCAAUGGCAGUUUGUCUCUUUCUGCAACAGCAGAACCACCCACUUCAUCUAAAAGCCUUCAGCUAAAGAACGAAUCUCCAUCUAACUGGUUAGAUGUAGAACAACAAAAAAAGAAAAAGGAACACAAAAGAAGACUAAAUGCCUCAGCCAGUGAGGAUGAAUCUCUUGAGCUCGAUGAUCAUGAAGAUUUUAUCAGGAGCAUUAAGGAGGGAAGCAUUCCGUUUGCGCUACCUCCAAGGAGGCCUGUUCGUAAAAAGUCCCCAUCUCCACCUUUUGUCAUGCCGUCCAUCAAGGAGGACCAUUUUGAGAAAGCUUUUGAUCCGGACGAAUUCAAGUUUGGCCUGAGGAGAAAAAGCAAAUGUUUUACGGAUCCUUCCCCAGCUAUGGUAAUGAAACAAAAAGCAGCUAACAGGGAAGGACGGACUCUGGAAAAACGCGCACAAGAUAAUGCCACACACACAUCUAGAGAGCAAAUGAAAUCACUUGAUGAGGUGGAAGCAAAAGAUGAAGUCAAUGAGGGGACAAAUAUUGAGGCAGUAAAAGAAGAGGGACAAAACAAUGGAGAAGAGCCUGGGAAGCUGACAUCACGCCUUGAAAGGAUGUCCAUCCUCUCCAGUUUACUGAGUUCCCCUCGGUCCUCCAGGAAGAACAAAGAGGAAGCUGCCUCUGCCUCCAAUAGCAUGCUUCCUAACAAACAGCCGGACCGGCCCCCCCAUGGAAAGCAGGGAGUUGUUGAUUCACCUCUGCCUGCCGCUAAAGGAGAUAAGAAGGGCGUGAAAGGCAUAGAUCAAGGCCCACUUGUGGGUGGUGGUACAGGUACAGUUAGUGAGUCAGCAAUCAGUCCCUCCUCUCCUCCUCCUCCUUCUCUGCCCUCGUUCUCAGAUAUACAGCUGCCUGAUCAUUUAGAGAAAUACCUCAAGAAGAGCAAAUCAAAAUCAGAAGCCUCCCGGGGCUCUAUGCUGUUGACUAAAACUGAACUUAAUCAAGAGGGUGUUGUGAUGGACCAGGCCUUAACAGCAGGAGUACCAAAUGUGGAUGUGAGCAUGAAGGGCGCUGCGGGACUGCCUCCAAUCAACAAUACCCAGCAGACUUCUCGUAAUGGAUUCAAAACUUCAACUAAGGUACCUGCAGUAAGAGGGUUCCACAAAAGGCCUGGAAAGAUUUUCAUACAUGAACAUACUCAGUUUGAAGGGCAGCAGUUUGAACUGUAUCGUGAUGUAGAGGACGCCACCUCUAUGAAGCUGUCCCCUGUCAUCUCAGUCAGAGUCAUCAGAGGAUGCUGGCUUCUCUAUGAAAAACCUGGCUUCCAGGGCCGUAUCAUCGCCCUUGAGGAGGGUCCUACAGAGCACAUAGUGAACAUGUGGGCCGAGGAGGGAACUCCAACGACACUAGACCAGAUGGGUCAGCCUGUGUCGACCGCACCUAUGGUCAUAGGAUCUAUUCGAUUGGCAGUCAGAGACUAUAGCAUACCCCGAAUUGACCUCUUUGCAGAGGUAAACGGUUUGGGCAGGAUGGUGUCUUACUGUGACGAAGCUGUAGAAAUCAACUCCUAUGGGAUCCCACAGACCACCGGCUCCAUUAAGGUUCAUUCUGGAGUCUGGCUCGUGUACACUGAUCCAGGAUUUGGAGGUUUUGUUGGAGUGCUGGAGGUUGGGGAGUAUCCUUGCCCACAGGCCUGGGGUUUCCCUGAGCCCUUCAUUGGGUCUCUCAGACCCCUCCGAAUGGGACCAAUAAAGGUGGAGCAUCCUCAUGAUCUAAAGGCUUUAGUAUUUGAGAAACCCAACUUUGAUGGAGAGUGCAUAGAGGUCGACAGUGAUACGUACAACUUGCAAGAAGAAGUGGAAGGAGACAAAACUGACAAACCAAACGAGAGCAAGAAGACGUUGCCUGCUGUGGGGUCUAUAAAGAUACUUAGUGGCCUCUGGGUGGGCUACCAGGAGGCAGACUUCGAGGGCCAGCAGUACAUCCUGGAGGAGGGGGAGUACCCUCACUGCAGCGACUGGGGAGGAUCUGAGGAUGGGCUCCUGUCAAUUCGACCUGUAUGCACAGAUUUCCUGUCACCUCACGUCAAACUGUUCAGUGAGCGGCACUUUGAUGUACUCGGGCUCCAUGUGGACUUGCUGGGUCCAGUCCUCAGCUUGGAGGAUGUCGCCCAUGGUUGUAAAACUCAGUCCAUCAACGUCAUGGGUGGAGUAUGGGUGGCGUUUGAGAAGCCCGGAUUCAGUGGAGAGCUCUACGUCCUGGAGAGGGGCCUGUAUGCGAGCCCUGAGGACUGGGGAGCCCAAAACUACAUGAUGUCAUCCAUACUGCCUGUUUUCCAUGAUGCAAUGAUGGGAACAACAAAAUUCAAGAUUCAGCUGUACUCUGAGCCAGACUUCCAGGGACGGCUGGUGGCUCUGGAGGACAGCACAGCAGCUCUGGAUGAAGACUUCAUACCAAAGUCCUGUAAGGUGCUGGCUGGCAGCUGGGUGGUGUAUGAAGGAGCUCAGUUCACAGAGGACAUGUAUGUGUUAGAGGAGGGAGAAUAUCCCAACGCAGAGGCCAUGGGCUUCCUGUCCUCAGACUCCACCAUUCGCUCCAUACAGACCACUGGACAUGAGUUUUCUCUGCCCUCCAUCGUCUUGUUCAGUAAGGUGGGCUGUAAAGGUCGCCGAGCGGUGCUGCCAAACGGAGCUGUGAACCUGCUGCAGGCUGGCCUGGAUACACGUGUGCGCUCCCUGGUGGUGGAAGGAGGAAUGUGGGUGCUGUACGAAGGCAGUAACUACCGCGGUCGCCAGCUGCUCCUCCAGCCCAGUGAGGUGGGGGAUUUCUGGGAGUUCAGCGGCUGGCAGCAAAUAGGAUCCCUACGUCCAUUACUUCAGAAGCAGAUGUACUUCCGCUUGCGAAGCAUAGAGACAGGAUGUGUCAUGUCCCUGACAGGAACUCUGGAUGACAUCAAGCUGAUGAGGGUUCAGGCUGUGGAGGAGACGGGAGGGUUAGAGCAGGUCUGGCUCUAUCGGGAUGGACAGCUUACGUGCAAGCUGGUUGAGGACUGUUGCCUGGAGACCACAGGCGGUUUGGUGAUGGAGGGCAGCAGGUUGUGUGUCACCCCGGAGCGAGGCAAAGGCAACUACCUGUGGAACAUCACCCCAGAUGGCCGAGUGCACUGCCACCUUAAACCUGACCUGGUCCUGGAGGUCAAAGGUGGUCAUCAGUAUGACAAGAACCAGGUGAUCCUCAACACAUAUGAUGAGAAAAAAUUGAACCAAAGGUGGACCCUGGAUGUCUUGUAAUCUGAUGAGCCUCGACUCGCUAGACUUGCCAACUUAUACUGAACCCUGUGACGCAGCUCCACUGUGGAGCCCACACCAAAGAGCUGGGUUUAGCAGGUGGUUUGUGCAAUCACUGCUCUCCUCUGUAGCAUUUUGAGUCUUGUUUAUUCUUACUGAGGACGCUAACCACUGACUGGAUCCAUAUUAUAACUAUUCUUAUAGUGUUACUUGAGUAAACGAUUAGCGUGAAAAUAUUGCUUAUUUUUUUAAAAACUUUUCAGACACUGUAUACCAAAGACUCUAAGCACCCUCUUAUGUUUUCACUGCAUGCAGUGAGAACUCAGCCCUGUUUCAAUGCUGCAUACUUCUUUUUACUUAAUGGUACUUCUCUACUGCGCGGUUCUAAUGUCUGUUUUCUCAUCCUAAUGUUGGCAAAUAUGACUGUAUAGUGUAUAUUGAGAGCUGCGAUAUGAAGUCUGAUGUGCCUACACUCCAAAGACGUAUGUAGACUAAGAUGUUUUCUUUUUGCAGAUGGAUCAAAAGUGAUCUAUUUUUUCAAGUUUUAGUAUGUUUUUAGACUGGAUAGGUUUUUACAUAAACUGGACUUUACUGCGUUAGGUUGUACAUAAGCAUCAAGUGUAUAGACUUGAGUUUAAAUCUCAAAGCAGAACUGCAAUAACGAUGCUGCCCGCUGUUGAUUGUAAAUAUGUGAAUGUAUAAGAGAAAACUGUUACACUAUGAAAACAAGAAUGUGAUUUUCCUUUUCAUCUUUUUUUUUUUAGAAAAUAAAGUGUUUUCUUUAUUUAGAUUUUA